AUGGCCAAAACAAAGAAAAAGGGGUCGACCGGCCGCCCACCGACCACCACCGCGAGCUCUGUAGACUGGCCUCAGCCUUCUACCAAAGAUCGUGAUAUCCGCGCUUCCGCCGUCAAUAUAUUGAAGAUCUCUGAGCAGUGGAAGCUGCUCGUUAACGACGAUUCCCCGCCCCCCGCGAAGACUCUGCACGGCCUCCUUGACGCCGUGAUUUCCCUGGCAUAA